UCACUGAGCAGCCAUUGGUCGAAAAUGACCGGGCCGCGCCCAUUUUGUCUGUCAAUCACGCGACGUCAGGAACCCGCAAAAACUGUAAUCGUCAUCGUGACGUUGAGGCACUCAUUAUGCGGAGCAAAAGGCACGGAUUUUUGGAACGGCCAGAGGCAGGGUCGUUUCCGAAGGCAUGAAAAAAAUGGCCGCCCCUCUGAUCGCUAUGGCCGUGGCUCUUCGCCGUCGCCGACGUGAACAGGGAGAGCCAGACGACGCGUUUGACAUGCCGGAUGACCAUUUUCGACGGCGUUUUCGCCUCUCGAAGGGAACGGUGCGGUUGUUGUGCGAGGAACUGGCGGGGGAACUAGAAGCUGAGCGAGCGACGGGACUGUCGGUGGAGCGGAAAGUGUUGUGUGCGCUGCGCUUCUUUGCUACCGGGAGCUUCCAAGCGUCCGUUGGGAGCGAGGAGACGAUCCGUGUGUCGCAGUCGACGGUGAGCGAGUGCGUGCGACGUGUGGCAGAGGCUGUCGUGAACGCAGGGGCCCGCAACAAGUGGGUCCAUUUUCCAAAGACAGCCGAGGAAAAGGCAGCCGUGAAGGAGGGUUUCCUUCGGCGCGGCGUUAUCCCCGGCGUCAUCGGAUGCGUAGACGGCAGCCUCAUAGCCAUUAUCGCACCCAAGGGUGAGCGCAAGGCUGUGUUCAUGUGCCGCAAGGGAUACUACGCCCUCAACUGCAUGUUCAUCUGCGACGCGGACAUGAAAAUCUUGGCCUUGGACCCUAUGCGACCGGGGUCGGACCACGACGCUUUUGUCUGGCGGACGACAUGGUUGCGCCGGCGGUUCCAAGCGGGGCGCAUCGUGAAUGCCGGGGAAUACCUCCUCGGUGACAGUGGCUACCCCUUGGAGCCGUGGCUCCUGACCCCGGUUCCUGGCCAUCCUCCAGUGCACACAGCCGAGGGGCAGUACAACACAGCACAUGCCGCCAUGCGUUCCGUAGUGGAGAGGUGCAUUGGGCUCUUAAAGAGCCGUUUCCGCUGUCUUCAGCGAUAUCGCACCCUCCUCUACGAGCCGGAACGUGCAGCCAACAUUGUCGCGGCAUGUGCUGUGUUGCACAACCUUCGCCUUUCUGAAGGCGACGAGUCAGGCGAUGACAGUGAUGACGACAGCAGCAGCAGCAGUAGUAGUAGUGAGCUUGACAAUAACGGCGACCCCACGCCACACAGUCUGCCCCGUAACACGGGCUCUAGAAUGCACUACUUGAGAGGGCGGGCUGUUCGCGACAAUGUCAUUGGCAUGUUUGGCACAACCCGUGCGCAGCACAUGCGUUAUUUGAGGAGCGUGCGGCGGCAGCUGCGACGUCAACAGCAGCGUCAGCAUCGUUAGGCGCAUGCACACAGUUUUAAGUAAUUGCAUUGUGCAUUUCAUGCUGUGAAAUUGCAGAUACAUUUCCCGUGCUAAGUUGUAGUUGAUGUCUGCGUAAUGCAAAGCAUUCAUGAUUUGUUGAGAAAUGUAAAAGUUGUUAAAAAAAUUAAAAUAUGGGGUUUUACGUGCCAAAACCACUUUCCGAUUAUGAGGCACGCCGUAGUGGAGGGCUCCGGAAAUUUCGACCACCUGGGGUUCUUUGACGUGCACCUAAAUCUAAGUACACGGGUGUUUUCGAAAUGCGGCCGGGAUUCAAUCCCUCGUGCUCAGCAGCCUAACACCAUAGCCACUGAGCAACCACGGUGGGUACAUAAAAGUUGUGUAGUGAAGGGUUAUGUAAAGCCUGCACUUAUAGUAAGUAAAACAGUAUCGUUAGAGGUGACACAUGAGAUUGAAAGCAAGCUAAAAAUAAGUGCAUAUUCAAAGUGUCUGCCACAAUUUGCUUGUUGCUGCUGUCGUCAUCUAGAUGCAUGUAGCCUGAUUCUUACUCGUAUCCCCUUACGCAUUGAUGGACAUAAGCGCCUGUCUCCUCACUUUCUACUAGCACAGAGAAGCUCACAGAAGCCAAGAUGUACAGUGCACGUCACACCUUCCGCUCCAUGGAACGUGCUGUUGCACGCGCAGCUUCUAGGUCCUCCACCAUUUUGUCUCGCAACAACGGCAAAGUUCCUUUCGAGUGACGAAAAUGCCGUCCAACUGGUCAUCCGACAUGUCAAACGCUGUGGCUCCCACGAAGUGUGUGCACGCACGAGCAGUUGAUAGAUUUUAACAAAGUGACCUCACUUGUAUAUAGCAGAACUCAGCAAUGUUAAUCAGUAAUAUUUGUACAGUGCAAGCUAGUACUAGAAAUGUAGUUGCGAUGUGUAAAUAAAAGCACUAGAGGAAAACUGCACCUUUCUGUAUUUCAGUCAACAUACACUUGUUUAUGUACACAUCACAUGCGACAGUCUCUACAUUGAAGAAGUGUGAGAAUCAUGAGUACUCAGUAGUAGAGACAUUAUGCAACAUAUCACAGACAUGUUGGAAUAAAUAUCGGAUCACAUUGUUCUUGCAUCAUAAUAUAUCACACGUAACGGCAUGCAUCGUUUAAGAAAACUGUUGUACACUGCACAAGUACACAGUAAUAACAACUGGCUUAAACUGCACCAGCAACAGAAAUGAGCAGGUGCUUAAAUCACAUGCCAAACACGAAUAUUUAUCACAGCGAAAUGUAUAGGUACAUCACUACAUGUGAAAGGAACAUGCUGUUGUGGUGCUCAAAGUGAAAGAGCCAUAGCACCAUAUUAUGAUAUUCAGUAAGACAAACUGCAUAAAUAUUACACACAAAUUGCACCACAAGGGCUAAAAUACAAUGUAUCACAACCUGAAAGAUUACUGAAUGACAACAAAUUGUUUCAUAAUGAGACAGAUGUGCAAGAAAAGAGACAUUCCAGCUCAGUACGUAGUGACACAAACAAAUAUGCAUAUGCAACAAACAAAAAAUAAACAUUACAAAUGAAAAGAAGGAGCAUAGGCAAGGAAUUUUCAUAACUUUUUUCUUUUUUGCUGUGUAUAUUGACAGGUUGCUUUCGACAUUAUAGUAAGGCCUGAAAAUUUCACCAUUCGAUGACAAGGAUUAAAUUGUAGAACACUUGCAGUGUGGCGUCGU